AUGGGUGCUUUUCGAACUGGGAGAGCGAAAGCGCUCAUACUGGCGAUGCUCGCUCUGAUUCUAGUGUGCACUGUCUACUUGUACCGAUCCCCGAUUACCGCGUCAUCCGCCGUCCCCUUAGUCCCAAACACAGCAUUCGAGGUUCCCCUCACACAACGCCAGAAAGACUUCUGGAAAGUCCUGCGACCCAUAAUUGAACGCCACAAACCGAGUUGUCCUUCCCCGGAAAAGCGCGGCGAUGUCGCAGCUCUACACUUUGACCCCACCAAAGAACAGCCGCGACCCGACCUGACGGACAUGAGCGAGGAAGAUGUACACAAGAUGGAAGAAUCCCAUGCGGCCUUCAUCGAGGAUGUCAAGAAGUCGGAUAAGGAGUUGAAGCCGAUUCACACCCCAGGCAAGCGAGGCCUGGUAUCAACAGCUGGGUCUACGUACCUCCCGGUUUUUGUCUCAUCGCUGCGCAUGCUCCGCCGCGUGGGGUCAACGUUGCCGGUUGAACUCUACAUGAAGGAUGCCACCGAGCAUGAGAAACAGGUUUGCAACGAGGUGCUUCCCAAACUCGAUGCGCGGUGCCUGGUGCUGGCGGACGUGGUGGGUAAAAACAUCAUUGAACACUAUCAACUCAAGAUCUUCGCAGUUCUUUUCUCGUCCUUUGAAGAGAUUGUCUGGAUGGAUGCCGACUGCUUCCCUCUUGGCAAGCCUGAGGAACUACUGGAUUCGGAGCCAUUCAAAACCAACGGUCUUGUCACAUGGCCCGACUUCUGGGCUACCUCCGCAUCUCCGUUGUACUACAGAAUUUCACGACAACAAGUACCAUCUAUGGCUGCUAGACAGUCGUCGGAAACUGGGACAUUCCUAGUCUCUAAGAAAACACAUUCUCUUGCUCUCUUGCUGGCGGCGUAUUAUAACUUUUACGGCCCCUCGCAUUAUUUCCGCUUGUUAAGUCAAGGAGGGCCUGGCGAGGGAGACAAGGAAACCUUUAUCCAAGCUGCCUCCGCUGUAGGUGCACCUUUCUACACUGUCAGUGAGAGGGUGCAAGCCAUCGGACACGCCAAUGCGGAUGGGCUGUCUGGAUCAGCUAUGGCACAGUCAGAUCCACGCGAGGACUUUGCCUUGGUCCAGCAGGAUAAGUGGCGUGUAAAAGACGAGGCCAUUGCCCCCGCACCGCACAUUUUCUUCAUCCACGCAAACUAUCCCAAAUUCAACCCCGGUGACCGGAUCUUCGGCAUGGGAUGGGAAACAACACCUACCUUGAAGGAAGACGGCUCAGCUGGACGCGCCUGGAUGGCACCCCCAGAUACUAUCAAGCGAUUUGGCUACGAUGUCGAAAAGGCUUACUGGGAGGAGAUCAAAUGGGUGAGCUGCGAGCUCGAAACGGCGUUCAGAACGUGGGAGAACAAAGUGGACCUAUGCAAGACAGUCGAGGAAUACUGGGGCCAUGUCUUUACUAAUCCGCAUGACGAUGAUCCUAAGUUUACUUUAGAUAGUUAA